AUGUUCGAGGACUCCCUAGUCUCAAAGGUCUUGGACCCAACCGUUGGGGUGGAUCCAACCUCGGCAGCCCCAAGACUUUAUCUAUCCAUCAUCGUUGGCAACAGUCUUGAUUUAACGCUUCAAACCAGCCGUGAAAGGCUUGAAUACAAAAAAGAUUACGAAAAAUUCAAACUUCGAGUCACUUCGAUAUUGUUGGUUAUACUUACAGUUGCACUUCUUAUUCCAUCAAGACCAUUUGACGCAAUCUGUAAUUUCCUCUUGGUUUGGUACUAUUGCACACUGACGAUUCGUGAGAGUAUUCUCAAACUUAAUGGUUCAAGAAUGCAGUUUUGGUGGGUAGCUCAUCAUUACUUGGCUUGUGCAAUCGCUGGAGUUGCGUUAACAUGGCCGGAUGAUGCUUGUUAUAAGGAAUUUCGAGUGCAGUCAAUUUUAUUCACGAUGUGCAUAGCACUUGUUCAACAAGUUCAGUAUCAAUACCAGAGUGGAUGUUUAAGACGUUUGAAUUCACUUGGACAAGGUGAUGAAAUGGAUGUCACAUUAGAGGGUUUUGCAAGCUGGAUGUUCAAAGGUCUAACAUUUUUAUUACCAAUACUCUUUAUAGUAUAUAUGUUUGAAUUUUAUAAUUCAUACACUCUUUAUAAACUCUGGGCAACAACGGACUAUGAUGCAUCAUGGCAGGUGUCUUCAUUGUGGAUUCGAGUAUUAUAA